AUGGCCUCUGAAGAAAUUAAGGCAGAAGAGAACGUAGAGGACCCUAUGACCAUAGAAGAAACUGAGGAAGAAAAACCUGAAGUUAAACACAAUGAGCCCAAGCUUGCUAGAGUAGAAUAUGAUUAUGAAGCUCUAGAAUCGGAUAAAUUAUCACUUGAUAGAGGCGCUGUUGUAACCGUUCUAGAACAAGGUGAUGAUGGAUGGUGGAAAGGUGACUUGAACGGCAAGAUUGGCAUUUUUCCUUCGAAUGUGAAACCAAGUAAAUCAGCUGAAGAUGGCGAUGAUACUGAAAAUCAAGAUGGUAAAAAGAAAAAGACAUUAAAUAAGUAUGGAGUCAAGCCAGGUGGACUUGGUAGUUUAUUUUCUGGAGGUAUCACAAUUGGACUAAAAAAACGUAAUCAACCAAGCCCAGAGAAUUCUUCAGGAUCUGAAGAAAAACAUGCAUUUGCUGCUCCAGUUUUAAGGAAAGCUUCUGUACCAUCUCAUCCUCCAUUACCUCAUUUACCACCUAAGAGAAUGCCAUCGAAACCCAAGAAAGUCGAACCAAAGGCUGAAGUCAUGUAUGAUUACGAUGCCGAUGGAGACGAUGAGAUUUCACUAAUUAAAAGUGAACAUGUGACAAUUUUGGAAAAAAUUGAUGAAGAUGGAUGGUGGAAGGGAAGAAAUGAACAAGGACAAAUUGGAAUAUUUCCUUCUACUUACGUAAAAGAAAUUAAUCCAGCAGAAGUUCAAAAUAAGAGCCAGAAAGUUUCAGAAGAAGUUAUUGAAUCAAAUGUUGAAGUAGCGAAACAUCAUGAAUCUUUUGAAACCCAAGCUACAGCCCCUCAGGAGGAAGCUUCUACACAAGUGGAGGCUUCUGCACUUGAUGAACCUACUCUUGUUUCUGCUGAUUCUUCAAUUCUUCCAAAUGUUCAGGAGACAUGCGAUAUUUAUGGCAAAGAUUCUCCAACAUUACCUGCCUCUCCAACUCUACAAAGGCGUUCAACCACUGAAACGUCUUCACCCUCUAAUUCUAGACGCUCUACAUAUGAUACGUCUCAGGCUGAUGCACCUCGAAGACGAUCUAUUAAUGAUCCAUCUUCACCAACUUCACCACGAAGAAAUUCAAAUUAUGAUGGAAAUGAACAUACGACAAGUAAACGGCCUCCAUCUGUAGUUUCACCAGAUUUGCCACCCAUUCAAUCUAUUUAUACAAACAGUAAUUCGGUUGCGAACAUAGAUAUUCCUCCCACUUCUCCAGAAGAACAUUCAACUCCUACUCGACAGUCAGAUUCACCAAAGUCAACACCACCUUUAACCAAACAACCAUCUAUUACCAAGCCUUUUUCACCAGCCAAGCCUCCUGUCAUUCCUCCAAUUAAAAGGUCGUCAUCUUCUGCCUCUAAAUCAGAUAAAGCCAAGAAGGAGACUUCUCCGACAGAACCCAUUUCACCUAAAGUUGAUCGAAGAGUUUCUUAUGAUUCUACUACAGCUUUAUCCGAUGAACCAGAAAAUAAUAUUGUUGAAGACGAACAACAAAUCGAUGAAGAUGUUGAAAUCCCUGAAGACAAUGUUGUAGAAGAAAAAAUUGAUAAUAAAAAAAUAGUAAUUUCAGAGGAAGAAGUUGUUAAAGAUGACGAAGAUAGCAUUACAGAAAUCGUCGAAACCAUUGAAACUAAAAAGGACGAUGAUGGUAUUGAUCAUGAAAUAGAAACCGAAGAAAAAAAACCACCACCACAACAUCCACUUCCACCUUUGCCGUCUGGACCUAAGUUAUCCAAUUUAGGAAAAGACAGACCUACUAUCAGAAAUAGGAAAGCUCCUAGUGUCAAUAGUGCUAAAGAAAAUGCUAGUCAGAGUCAAAAUGCGAUUUUAUUAGAGGCCGUUGCAUCGGCCAAAGAUGAGGAGGAACAAAAACCUCAACAAGCUGUUUCGCCUCCAACGCCACCUAAACCAGUAAAACCAGAAAAACCAGCUAAACCAAGCGGAUUCAAAUUACCACCAACCUUAGGUAAUAUACAACUUCGCCCUGUUGCUAAGAAACAACCAAUUGAAACUCCUACAGAAUCCAUGAAAGCAACGACAACUUCAACUGAUUCGAACAUUGAUACAAAACCAAUUAGUGGAGGUGUUAAAGGAAUUUCAUCGCGAUUCAAUCAAUUUGGUGGAAUUCCUAGUUCAUCCGAUGUUGAAUUCCGAUUAAAGAAAUGGUUUAAUGAAGAAAUCAAUAAGGUUAAAUCUCAUUUCGAAGUUCAAUUAGCUGAGGAGAGAAAUAAAAGGGAAACUCUUGAAGAACAACUUAAAGAACUUAUUGCAAGCUUGCAAGAAUAA